UCAUCUACCUAUACCAUUUUGAUGGUUGGGUACAUUAAGCAUGGGAAAUUGGCUGAUGCUAUUAAGGUGAUGGAUGAAAUGGAUGAAAAUGGGAUUGACCCAAAUGAUGUUACUUAUGGGGUUAUGAUUGAAGCUUAUUGUAAAGAAAGCAAGUCUGGUGAAGCACUUAACUUGCUGGAUGAUAUGCUUGGGAAGAAGUAUAUACCAAGCUCAGCGCUUUGUUGCAAGGUUAUUGAUGUACUAUGCAGUCAAGGAAAGGUGGAAGAUGCUUGUGAGUUGUGGAAAAGGCUUUUGAAGAAGAAUUGUACUCCUGAUAAUGCUAUUACAAGUACACUUAUACAUUGGCUUUGUAAGCAGGGUAAAAUAUGGGAGGCAAGGAAAUUAUUUGAUCAGUUUGAGAAGGGUUCAAUUCCGAGUGUUCUUACUUACAACACACUUAUUGCAGGAAUGUGUGAGAAAGGGGAGUUGUGUGAGGCGGGUAGGUUAUGGGAUGACAUGGUGGAAAAAGGAUGUGCUCCUAAUGUGUUCACCUAUAAUAUGCUAAUGAAGGGCUUCUGUAAUUUUGGUAAAGCGGAAGAGGGGAUUAGAAUUUUAGAGGAGAUGAUUGGUAAAGGAUGUUUUCCUAACAAGACUACUUACAAUAUGUUGAUUGAGGGUCUAUAUGACUUGGGAAAGGAAGGAGAAGCUUCACAAGUUCUUUCAAUGGCAAUGUCGAGUGGAGUCAUUGACAAUGAUUCCUGGGUUCACUUCUUUAAAAAAAUGAUUGGUGAAUUGGGUACGGGAACAGGAGUUCUUGACCAAAUACUCUCAGACAAUGCUAUAUAGAAUUCUUGAAUAUAUGACAUAUCUAUGGAGCCUAUGCCUCGGUGGCCUAGGAAUAAGGACUACUAUAAAGGAUCCUUACAGUCAAUGUUGGAGGUUGGAACUUCUCUGUGACAUAUGUAAGAGUGAUCAACAGCCACCCAAGUUGUUACUUGUUUCUCUUUUCUAAAGCUUUACAAUUCAUUGUUCAAUGCUUUAUAAAGAUGGAGCCAUUUUUUGGUUCAAAUUUUAUCUGAGCCAGUCAGACACUCUUCUGGUUAGUCAGCUUGUUGACAUUCCUGCUACAUUAAUACUUGACUUCUCCCACUUCUCUUAUCCUUAGGUGUUAUGUGGUAAAUGGCAAUCUAGGGUGAGUUUUGGCAGUCUACAGUACUGCAUGGCCUUGUGGCUUAGGUGAAGUCAAUGCGUUAAGCUCCAGUAUGGUUUAAUCUUAGAAAUAUAACUACAUUUCCCAGUGCCACACGUUUAUAUGCUUCAAUACAGAAACUUCUUGAUUCAUGCAGACAUCUAUUCAUUGCUUGCCCAUCUGCCUUUGUUACUAUUUUUCUGUACAAAAUACAUAUCUAGUUUUUUCUUUGGAAAUUUGAGCAGAGAAUUUGUUUCAUUAUUCUGAGAAUUCAGAUGGAAGGUGUUCAGAGUUGGUUAGUGACUUAAUAUUGCACAACCUAGACAACUAUAAAUUGAAAUAUAAUUGGUAUCCUAAUACUCUGGGAUAAAGUGGCUGAAUUUUUUUUGACCUUAGCCUAACACUAUACUUUAUCCUCCUAGUAAGAGACAACCCUUCCUUUCCCCUUUGUUCUCCUUGUACUAAUGGGUCUUCCUGCACCAUAGAAAUGUGAUUUUGUUGUGUGGUUAUUGAUUUAUAAGCCGUUAGCACCAAGUCCUCCAAAGAAUAUACUAAAGAUAUAAAGCGCCAAGUCAUUUCCUGUGCUUUUGAUUUGAUUUUUGGUUUUGUGGUUGUGUGUGGUUGAUAUAUUUGCUCUCUUAUAUGGAUAUGUACUCAUGUCUUAAGCUUGUUUGCACAAGUCUAUUAAUAUACUCCACCUUUUCUUUCUUUUUGCUGCAAUUUUUUAUAGAGGAUUGGAAACCACAGUUACCAGAUAGAUUUGGUGCCAUUGCUGUACUCAUGAAAUCUAUCAAUUGAAGGGCUGAAGACACCAUACCACAAUGUCUGAUAUCAUGUUUAGUCUUUUAAUGCUAAAUUGGUUGUGGAUCUAUUUUAUGAAUUUAUUUGAUCAUUAUUGUUUGUAUAGGAUCUGAUUGUGAAUUUGUUCCAAAACGAGCUUCACUACCACGAGAAAAUUAUUUAAUAUUCAAUAAUAUAUUAUAUGCAAAUUUCAUCUUAAAAUUUGAUCCUAAUAGUGACAUAUUUGCAGCUGUGUUGCUUAUACAAACUUUGGUUUUUUUGAUCAUGCUGGACUUGAAAGUUGAAACCAAAUUGUUGUUAGUUAAGAAGUGACACAUAAUUGUUUGAUUGACUAGGUAAAAUGUUAAUAAACAUUUUUUUGGACCAUUAUUAGCACUGCCUAAAUUUAUUUUGUUUUCGUUGUGUUGAUUUUAACAUCAAAGAAUAUACAGUUUGCAUUUUUGUCUUCAGCACAUUCUAUGUUGUCGUGUUCUUUAGUUAAAGUCAUGAAGUUCUUUCUAAGUGGUAACUGUGUUGCUGCUGAUGUCUUUUGCCUGGUGUUGCCCGGCUACUCCUGCAGAUCUUUGUGAAACCAGAGAACAAUCAAAAUGGGAUUGUAUAAUUAAACUGGCAGCCUAUUGAGGCAGGUUGUCUCUCAGAAUGUACAAGCACUCUUCGGAUCCAUGCUCAGUUCUUCACUUCAUGUCAUCUUUGAAGGUAAUCAAUGUUAAUAGCUACUCUGUGUGUACAUAUAUAUAUAAAUAUAUAUAUAUAUAUAUAUACAGUCCGUCAUUGUUUUAGGGCAGAACAACGCAAAUGUAUUGAUAUUUUCCAUUAUGUAAGAAUAAAUAUUUUUAACUUGAAGCCAACACCAGAUUCAAUAUUAAAGUCAUUGUCAUUUACCAGUU